AUGCAUACUUCAUUCUUCAUCCUCCCCUUUGUUUUCUUUCUGUAUAUUCAUUCUUAUUCUUUUUCCUUCUCUUAUUUCGUCUUCUUUUCUUUCACAAAUCAUUCUCUUUUUCUUCUUUUUUACAUUAUUUUCUUUCUUUCUUUUCUCCUUUUUCCUUCUCUCAUUUCGUCUUCUUUUCUUUCACAAAUCAUUCUCUUUUUCUUCUUUUUUACAUUAUUUUCUUUCUUUCUUUUCUCCUUUUUCCUUCUCUUAUUUCGUCUUCUUUUCUUUCACAAAUCAUUCACCUUUUCUUCAUUUUUACAUUAUUUUCCUUCUUUCUGUUCUCCUUUUUCCUUCUCUUAUUUCGUCUUCUUUUCUUUCACAAAUCAUUCUCUUUUUCUUCUUUUUUACAUUAUUUUCUUUCAUUCUUUUCUCCUUUUUUCUUCUCUCAUUUCGUCUUGUUUUCUUUCACAAAUCAUUCUCUUUUUCUUUUUUUUACAUUAUUUUCUGUCUUUCUUUUCUCCUUUUUCCUUCUCUCAUUUCGUCUUUUUUCUUUCACAAAUCAUUCUCUUUUUCUUCUUUUUUACAUUAUUUUCUUUCUUUCUUUUCUUCUUUUUCCUUCUCUUAUUUCGUCUUCUUUUUCUUUCACAAAUCAAUUUUUUUUCUUCUUUUUUUACAUUUUUUUCUUUCUUUCUUUUCUCCUUUUCCUUCUCUUAUUUCGUCUUCUUUUCUUUCACAAAUCAUUCUCUUUUUUUUUUUUUUUUUUAUUUUUUUUCUUUCUUUUCUCCUUUUUCCUUCUCAUUUCAUUUCUUUUUUUUUUCUUUCACAAAUCAUUCUCUUUUUCUUCUUUUUUACAUUAUUUUCUUUCUUUCUUUUCUCCUUUUUCCUUCUCUCUCCAUUUCAUCUUUUCUUUCACAAAUCAUUCUUUUUUCUUUUUUUUACAUUAUUUUCUUUUCUUUUUUUCUCCAUUUUUCCUUCUCUUCUUUUCGUCUUCUUUUCUUUCAUAAAUCAUUCUCUUUUCUUCUUUUUUACAUUAUUUUCUUUCUUUUUUUUUUCUCCUUUUUCUUUCUCUCAUUUCGUCUUCUUUUCUUUUCACAAAUCAUUCUCUUUUUCUAUUUUUACAUUAUUUUUCUUUCUUUCUUUUCUCUUUUUUCCUUCUCUCAUUUCGGUCUUUUUUCUUUCACAAAUCAUUCUCUUUUCUUCUUUUUUUACAUUAUUUUUUUUUCUUUCUUUUAUCCUUUUCCUUCUUUUAUUUCGUCUUCUUUUCUUUCACAAAUCAUUCUCUUUUUUCUUUUUUUAAUUAUUUUCUUUCUUUCUUUUCUCCUUUUUUCCAUUUCUCUCAUUUCAAAUCUUUCUUUUCUUUUUUUUCAUUAUUUUCUUUCUUUCUUUUUCUCUUCUCUCAUUUUUUUAUUUUUUACAUUAUUUUCUUUUUUUCUUUUUUCAUUAUAUUUUUCUUUUCCUUUUUUUCCUUCUCUCAUUUCGGCUUCUUACUUUCACAAAUCAUUUCUCUUUUCUUUUUUUUUCACAUUAUAUUCUUUUUUUUUUUUUUCUCCUUUUUUUCCUUCUCUCAUUUCGGCUCUUUCUUUUUUCCUUUUUUCACAAAUCAUUCUUUUUUUCUUUUUUUUACAUUAUUUUUUUUUUUUUUUUCUUUUCCUCCUCUCUUUCAUUUCGUUCUUUUUUCUUUUCACAAAUCAUUCUCUUUUUUCUAUUUUUUUACAUUAUUUUUUCUUUCUUUCUUUUCUCCUUUUUUCCUUCUCUCAUUUCGGCUUCUUUUCUUUCAAAAAUCAUUCUCUUUUUCUUCUUUUUUACAUUAUAUUCUUUCUUUUCUUUUCUCCUUUUUCCUUCUCAUUUUCUUCUUUUCUUUCAAAUCAUUCUCUUUUUCUUCUUUUUACAUUAUUUUUUUCUUUCUUUUUUUUCCUUUUUCCUAUUUUCUUUCAUUAA